UGUCUUCGAUUUUCUUUCUUCUAAUUUCCAAAAAGUCUCUUUUGACCACCACCACCUCCGUUUCUUCCCGUCUUCCUCCUCUCUGCUCCUUCCCUUCCUCUUCCUCAUUCUCUUCCUCAUUCUCAAUCAUUUAUUUCUCUGUCUUUCUAUAUCUGUCUCCGUAACUAUUUCUUCCUAUCCUCUCAUGGUUUUCUUUCCUAAAAACCUCUAAAGAAACCUUGACCGUCAUGGGGACCUGUCUCUCCACCACCAAAGUUAGUGGCGCCAACAGCAACAACACCGCCACCACCACCACCAACGUUCAUCACAACCGCAAGCGUGCCACCAAGCCACAAUCGACGACGGCGGCGGCGACGGCGACGACGACGACGACUACGACUACGAACCAAAAAGAACAGGGAUCACAGAAUCAUCAUCAUCAUGCCAAUAAGACCCAGAACCAGAGGAAUUCCCAGCAGCUGAAGGCUAAAGAGAAGACAGGUUCAAGACGACCGGGAGGGGUAAUCCCGUGUGGGAAGCGAACCGAUUUUGGGUACGCUAAGGAUUUCGAUAAGCGAUACGCCAUCGGUAAAUUGUUGGGACAUGGGCAAUUCGGCUACACGUAUGUUGCCACGGAUAAGGUCAAUGGGGAUCGAGUUGCGGUUAAGAGAAUUGAGAAGAGCAAGAUGGUACUACCUAUUGCCGUUGAAGAUGUCAAGCGAGAGGUCAAGAUUUUGCAAGCUCUUACAGGCCAUGAGAAUGUUGUUCAGUUCUACAAUGCAUUUGAGGAUGAAAAUUAUGUAUAUAUAGUUAUGGAGUUAUGUGAGGGUGGCGAAUUGCUGGAUCGGAUAUUAGCCAAAAAGGAUAGCCUGUCUGACUUAUAUUCUCAAUGUAAUGCAGGGAAGAGGUUUCAAGACAUUGUAGGCAGUGCUUACUAUGUUGCUCCGGAGGUAUUGAAACGUAGGUCAGGACCUGAAUCAGAUGUUUGGAGUAUUGGUGUCAUUACCUACAUUUUGCUUUGUGGGAGGCGUCCUUUCUGGGAUAAGACUGAGGAUGGCAUUUUUAAAGAGGUUUUAAGGAACAAGCCUGAUUUUCGCCGUAAACCAUGGCCAACAAUAAGCAAUGCUGCCAAAGAUUUUGUAAAGAAGUUAUUAGUGAAAGACCCUCGAGCCAGACUAACUGCUGCUCAGGCCCUAUCACAUCCCUGGGUCAGAGAAGGAGGAGAGGCAUCUGAGAUCCCUAUUGAUAUUUCUGUUCUAAACAACAUGCGUCAAUUUGUGAAGUACAGCCGUUUGAAACAGUUUGCUUUAAGGGCACUGGCUAGCACACUUGAUGAUGAAGAGUUGGCUGACCUCCGUGAUCAGUUUGCUGCAAUUGAUGUUGAUAAAAAUGGUUCUAUUAGUCUCGAAGAGAUGAGACAGGCCCUUGCCAAAGAUCUUCCUUGGAAAUUGAAGGAUUCGCGUGUUUUGGAGAUUCUUCAAGCGAUUGACUGCAAUACAGAUGGGCUUGUGGAUUUCACCGAAUUUGUUGCUGCUGCCCUGCAUGUUCAUCAACUGGAGGAACAUGACUCAGAGAAGUGGCAACAUCGUUCACGUGCUGCUUUUGAGAAAUUUGACAUAGAUAGAGAUGGGUAUAUAACACCGGAGGAACUUAGACUGCACACGGGCUUGAAAGGCUCCAUUGAUCCACUCCUUGAAGAGGCUGACAUCGACAAAGACGGGAAAAUAAGCCUUUCAGAAUUCAGGAGACUUUUAAGAACUGCAAGCAUCGGUUCGCGAAACAUUCCUAGCCCAACCGGUCAACGGAUUCCAAGAAAAAUAUAAGAUCAUCAGCAAGUGAGAUUUACAAAGAUUAAGAGAAAAGGAGGGGUAAGAGGUGCACUUUUUUCUUUUCCUGGUUCUAUUUGCAUUGGAAGUGUACGUUUGGUUACCAAAAUAGACCCUUCUCUCCAUGACAAACCAUUGCCUAGGACCUCAAUUAGAAACUCAGAUUUUUUAAAUUAAUGGGAUUCUAAAUGCACUUGGCAGAAAUUAGGGGUUUGUGUCUUUUUAGAGUGAAAUCCAGGUAUGAUGAUGGUCUUUGUUUGUAAAAUAUCCUUUGCAAGUAGUGAAGAGCUACUGUAUUUGCCCUACAACUUGUAAUGUGACCAUAAAUAAACUAUCAAUGAAAAUACGGUAUAUCAGACUAAUUCUAUUUGAA